GCCCAGUAUACUCUGCUAACUACCACAUACCAGCCCCCUGCUCCCACUCGCUGCACCUAUCCUUUCUUUAACCCUGUAAAGAAGUCCUCUGUAGCAACUGCUCCCUCCUCUGUUCCAUCCUCCAGCUCUUCUCUGUCUUCAGCUGCUCCAUUCAUUUAUAGACCUGCGUUUACUUACAGUGCUCCAGUAACUAAAACCAGAAAAAAGAGAAAAUUCUUUCCAACCAGUACCAUCCCGCCAGUAUCCAAACCGGUCAGCCUGCCGUCUGAGAACCCGCCUUCCGUGGUUCAGCCUGAUGACCUGAUGCCUGGUGACCCGAUGCCCGCUGUCGAGCCAGAUGAUCCCAUGCCUGAUGACUCGGUGCCCACUGUCUUGCCAGAUGACUCGGUGCCCGCUGUCUUGCCAGAUGACUCGGUGCCCGCUGUCUUGCCAGAUGACUCGGUGCCCGCUGUCUUGCUUGAUGAUCCGAUG